UUUGAAGAAGAAAAAUCACAGGCCGAUGCUAAGGUGUGGAUCACCACUAUUACAAGCCCUGAGGAUGCUAUCAUCUUCACCAUCGUCUUCCCUCAUUCUCUGUAACCCUAAACUUAACCACCUUCCCUCUUCUCCUAAACCCUACUCUAUUCUCUCCCUCUCCUCUCCUCUCUGUGCUUCUUGCGCUUCCUUUGACACCCAGAGGAUGACUCUGUCCAAGCGCUUCACUGCCGCCUCAGCUGACCCGAUUCCCACUUCGGAUCCGCUUCGACCCCAUUCGUCGGAUUUGACGGGAUCCGAAUCCCAAUCACUCGUCGUCGUCUCCUUCUACAAGUUUGCCGAUUUCCCAGACCAUGCUGAUUUGCGCAAACCCUUGAAGCUGCUCUGCCAGUACCUGUUUGUUUCAGGUGGUAUCAUUCUAGCCCCUGAAGGGAUCAAUGGAAGCAUUUGUGGCAUGCGUGAAUCGGUGGAAAGAGUCCUUGGUUUCAUCCAAUCCGAUGACCGUUUAAAGGGGUUAAGGCAGAUAGAAUCCCCGGUUAGUGCCGAGCAGGAAGCUAUCCAUCAUGGACACUCUACUAGCUCUCCUCUUGCAGCAGGUGAGGAUGCACCCUUCCGAUGGGACCAUGUGCGAGUGAAGUUGAAGAAAGAGAUUGUCACUCUUGGAAUGCCGGAUGUAUCACCUAUUGAAAAGGUUGGAAGGUAUGUUAGCCCAAAGGAUUGGAAUGCUUUGAUCAGCGAUCCGGAUACUGUUGUAAUCGACGUUCGCAAUAACUAUGAAACUAGAAUCGGGAUGUUCAAAGGAGCAGUUGAUCCAUGCACGGCAGCGUUCCGCGAGUUCCCAUCUUGGGUGGAGGAUCAAUUCCAACCUGAUGAUGCAGAUGUAGAGCAUGAAAAAGUGAAGGAAGGAUCAAAUGAAAGCAUAACUAAAGAUGCAGAGAGUCCAAAACAAAAAAUGCCAAAGCGGGUUGCAAUGUACUGCACAGGAGGUAUUCGAUGUGAGAAGGCUUCGAGCUUUAUGCUCAGCAAAGGUUUCGACGAGGUCUAUCACUUGAAAGGUGGGAUUUUGAAGUACCUAGAGGAAAUCCCGAGAACGGAAAGCCUGUGGGAGGGUGAGUGUUUUGUGUUCGACAAGCGAGUCGCGGUUGAGCAUGGUCUGAUACAAGGAAAUUUCAAGCUUUGCUAUGGUUGUAAGCAGCCUGUUAGUGAUGCUGACAUGGAAGCGCCGGAGUGGGAGUAUGGGGUGUCGUGUCCCUACUGUUAUUCGACGAAGUCUGAAGAGGAGAAAGAGAGAGCAAGGGCACGACAGAGGCAGUUCGAGGCUUGGGGAAUUAUUGGCGGUCCCGAUAAAGGUCGACGACCAGCAGCAAAGCCAGACAGUAUAAAGACUGACCAGACCAAUGAUUCAGCUUCAGGUUAGCUGGUUGGAAAUCGAGUCUAUUUUGCGGAUGCACUAGUUAGUUUGUGAUUGACUGGAGGAUUAUGUCCGACAUUUUUGUAACCAAGGAAUGCACAAAGUUAGAGUUGAGGUUGCGGAGGGAAAGGCAAAGAAAUUUGCAGAGAUGAAGACAUAUUUCGAGUUGGAAUUUCACCUCUGUCCCUGCCUCGUGCUUUAAUAUUAUCUGGUUUACUGUAUAAUCAAAUCUAAUCUUAAGCUAAGUUGUCUUAUGUAAUG